GCAGAGGGAGCACCAGCUGUUGGUGGAUCUGCUGCAGGCGGUCAAGGACGGGGACCAGGAGGUGUUCGCUGAUAAAUUGUUCCAGUAUGACCAGCUCAGCAAGCUAGACAAGUGGAAGACGACCUUGCUCUUGCGGAUUAAGAGCGCUGUUGAGAGCAAGGAGGAGGACUUCUCUUAGGUGCUUUGACCGACGUUCAGCGGGAGAUAUCAUUGGACUGGGAAACUUGGGGUUGACUGCCGGCAUUGUGCAUGCCAGCCCAGGCUGUUGACGGGAAAAGCUGACAUAUUUAUGUAGAUCCGCUUCCUAUCUAUAUAUCAUGAUACUGACCAACACCUCUAUUCGUUACAACUUAAGUUUGGCUCUUCGCCCUGUACACUCAACCACUUGGGCACAUACUUCCUCUACCGGCACACCCUCCACUUCCUUCUUACCCCUGCAACUCAAAUUUUCCCUCCUAAACACCAAUACAUCCAUAACCUCGCCCAUGUUCAUCCCCGUCCCAACCUCUCUCACAUGCUCCACGAUUCCACACGCCCCCACCUCAACCACAUGCACCGCCACGCUUGGCCUACUCGCAUACAUUGCGCGCCAAAUGCCCCCCUCAACCUCCCUUAGAUGCUCUUCGCCCCUGCACCGCUCGACCACAGGGAGGUGCAGACACGGCCCCGCAUACGAACUGCCCAAACACGCCCACUUGAGGUCACGACCUCUGCAGCGCUCGGCCCGCUCGAGAGUGGGGAGGACGGUGCUGGCUGUGAAGCAGGACAGCGGGAAGGUAGUGUCGGAGGCCUCGUCCUCGCUGGCUUCGAAGUUGAAAUACCCGAGCGCGGCCGCAGUCUCGGCUUCCCCGCGGCGCCGUAGGCGCUUGAACUGGGUCUGCAUGAAAGGUGGGAACAUUCUCUCAAGUAGCGGGUUCAUUUCGACUCCUCCUGUGGGCUGGUGGGACUGGGAGGGUGUAGUAGCAUCGAGGAACAGCGCGCGACGCAAGGCCCGCGCGGAGAGGAUGGUCGCAUUUGCGGUGCGGUUUAUGAGGCGUGCGCGGAGGAGCGUUAUGGGGGAGACGUCUGUGAAGAGAAGGAUCUGUUCCAGGAGUUCGGGAAUGGAAAAGACUGCUUCUUGCGGGGUUCGCGAGUGUUCGUGCAUGAUGAGUUUGUAUGGGAUGGAUGAGGUAGAGUGGCGAGGGGGAGGGCUCAUAUUUGACACUGCCUUAUACGAAUUAUCUUGUUCAUGUGACACGGCACGGCAUUGUGUAUCUGACCCAAGGAGAUCCUCG